AUGUCAUUUUUAGAUGGAGGAGGAGGAGCUGACUGCGGGCCAGCCAAUCCCAUGGCAAGCUUGAUGAAGCAAUUUGGUCAAGACAGAUCGAUACAACAAGAUCGUUUUGGGCCUGAACAAAGAGGUGAAAGCUCUAAGGCAGCUUUUCGAACUCGCCAAAGACCUACGCCAAGUGGACAACUGACAGAUGGAUUUUUCAGAGAAGAGACCGCAAUGGAAAGACCAAAUACCAACGUAUUUCAAUUUAACGGGUUAAACAGAGAACUUGAAAGAUUACAGCAGCCGCAGCUUUCAUCAGGACCACCGCCCCCGACAGCCGCAGCGCAGAAUUGGGCAAGUGAUUUUAUGGCACAUCAGGGUUUGCCUUUACCUCAGAACGAACAGUUUGGAGAAUUUGAAAAGAUCUAUAAUAGCCCUCAGCAAGCUGUUCCCCAUCAUGCAUGGCAAGAAGAGUUUCAUUCUUUACAACCACAGCAGCAACAACAACAACAGCAUCAUCAUCAGCAACAAUACCGACAUCAGCCAGCUUUAAACUUAUCGCUUCAUGAGCGACAAGCAUUUGAAAGAGCCUUUGAUGAAGCAAGGCAAAAUGCACCUUCUAACUGGGAACAAGAAUUUGUCGCCAAAGAACAUGAUGCUUGGGCUUCUGAAUUCGAGCAACUGGAGAAGAAUGACACGCAAGUAACAGCCAACAAUGAUAACGAUGCAUUAGCCAAGACAGCAGGUAUGCUGCUCGAUUCAGUGGAUGUUGAAUCAAACCCUAAAUUCAAAAAUUCGCAAUUUAUGAACUUGAUGCGUCGACUCAGAGAUAGUGAAGUGGCUAUUGAAGGAGAUAGAAUGGUAGAGACGAAUAAGUCUGCAGCAGGUGAUUGGGCCACUCAAUUCAGUGGUCAACAACAGGCAGACAGCAGUACAGCGGGUAAUAUGUGGUCGACCGAAUUUGCGAGUAAAUUAGAACGCGGCUGGACCUCUGAAUUCCAUCAGGAACAAAGGCAGCAUCAACACCCUGGUGAUUGGGCUUCAGAAUUUUCGACACAACAGCUGAGCCAUCGACAGCAAGAAGAAAUGCAACGGCUUUUUGGAAAAGGCACAGAAACAGAAGACUGGAUCGAGCAAUACAACAAAAAUAUCGCUCAUCUCAAAGAUGCCCAGGAUCAUGAAUGGGAUACAAUGCAAAAGGACUGGGAGCGUUUUAAACCUGAUUUACAAAAAGGUUUAGGCUAUCGAGCCUCCAACCCCAAUUACGACACCUAUCAUUUUGCCAUCAACAAUCCUUAUUUGAUGAAUCCUCAAGCGAUCGACUCAGCAGAUCAUGGAAAUUUGGCAGAAUCCAUUUUGGCCUUAGAAGCGAAAACUCAACUUCAGACAUCGGACGCCAAUGCCUGGAAAUUACUCGGUUUACGUCAGCAAGAAAAUGAGAGAGAUGAUGCUGCUAUUGCUGCCUUACGACAAGCUGUGCAAAUGAAUCCUGGUCAGUUAGAUGCUUGGUUGGCUUUAGCCGUCAGUUAUACGAACGAGAAUUGCCGCGCAGAUGCCUAUGACGCCUUAGAGCAAUGGCUCGCCAACAACCCUAAAUACCAACAUCUGCUCAAUAAGCAAGCGAAAGGACAAACAGCUGCGGAAAUCCACUACUACAUUACCAACUUAUUUUUAGAAGCGGCGCGAAGUUCGCCCGGUGAGGAAAUGGAUGCGGAUGUUCAAGUAGGAUUGGGCGUCCUAUUCAAUGUAUCAGAAGAGUACGAUAAAGCCAUUGAUUGCUUCAAAGCAGCUGUGAGAAGUCGACCACAAGACUAUCUACUGUGGAACAAAUUAGGUGCUACCUUGGCGAACUCGCGCGAUACAACAGGUGCCAUCGAAGCUUAUUUCCAAGCCUUAGAAAUCAGUCCUACCUACGUGCGUGCACGAUAUAACUUGGCAAUUAGUUGUGUUAAUUUGGGUCAGCAGCGAGAAGCAGCAGAGCAUUUGUUGACAGCAUUAGCAAUGCAGCAAGCCAAUAAUGUGAUACCGCAAGUGCCCGGGGGAAAUAAUGUUUUGACGGAUGACCGCGGUAAUACGGUGAAGAUUGCUGGUGGUAUGAGUGAUAACGUAUGGAGAAGUCUUCGCAUGCUCAUGUUAAAUAUGAACCGCGAUGAUUUAGCGAGGGCAUGCGACGCCCGUAAUCUCAAUGCUUUUCGUGCAGACUUUGAAUUCACAACAUAA